GAGGGGACGAAGCUGUCCGCCGCCAUUUUGCUUGUGGGCUGCCGCCCGCCGUUCCCUCUCCAUCGCGGCUAGAAGACAGCCAACUGGAGGCAGAGCGGUGGACAGAAUCUCCGUCUAUUUCACAACAGAUGCAUUCAACAAUUCACCGAAGGUUUGGGAAAGUUUCGGAAUUUGAUGGGAUUGGUUCUUUACCCCCUUUCCCUGAGUAGCCCUCAAGUCUGGAUAUCGUCUAGCCUCCAGCGCGGGAUGAACUCGGUUGGGGUGUCACUCGACGCCCACUAGGGGCUGAGGCGGUUCCAGUGCGCAGGCUCCGAGCACCGGAUAAAAGCGGAGCUGGCGAGUCCAGCGUCGUCUCGAUGGAGGAGCGAGAAACGGAAGAGGUCGGGGGGAGAAGCAGCAGGAAAAAUACAGCCACCGUCAGCGCCGCCUCCCUGCCACCGUGUAUCGGGCUCCACAGCCUCCCGGAGCGCUUGGUAAGCAGAGUCGGGAGAGGCAGAGGCGGUCCGUGCAGCCAAUCAGUGCCCGAGGUGUUCCGUCGGGCGUGUCGUGAUUGGCUAGCGGUGACCUCAUGCUGCAGCAGCGGGUGGGGCCAGAGCCGUCGGGGGAGGCUGUUGCAGAGAGAGAGCAGUGACGAUGGUGAUCAUUGCUGCCGCGGCCGGUAUGGAACCCAAGCGGUGGCGAAGGGAAUCUCAAGGCUUUUCCUUGACUAUUUUCUCCUGUCCCUGCGCGAGGUGAGGGCCCCGGCUCGGCCUCUGCGAAACUUCGGGGUGCUGGCGUGGACGAGGAGACACAAAUUUUCCCAUAAUUUUAGUAACUGCGUCAGGGCAAGAUGGCGCUGGGUCUCCUUGGGGCGCGGGGGGAGAGGCACGUCCACCGCCGCCGCAGCGCAUGUGACCGGGCUGCAUUCCUGUGGGGCUUGGCUCAGACCCAGGUUGGGGCGGGGGAGGGGAAAGGGCUGGGGCGGAGGAGACUGUGGUGCGGUCGGCGUCGGCCGCCUGAAGAGGAAGAGUUGACUGUUGAGGGCGCUUCUCCUCCCCCAGACUGCUUAUAACAGCGGCGGCUCUCUGGGAAAAGCCCCCGGAGGGACAUUCCUUAGGGGGUGUGACGGCUGUUGGUGGAGGGGAAGGUUUGGCGUCCUCUUUUCUUACCUGCCUUUCUCCUUGCGAGGUGUAUUUACUUAAGGUGGCUGGUCCCUAACGGGGGAGUCGGAAUCAACCGUGAGUCCCGAAGGGCCACUGGACUGAGUAAACAGGAGAGUCUAGUUCCUGGGCCACAGCGCCGAGGAGUAUCGAUUAUUUUCUGAGAAAACGUAAAGUUUCUCAGAUCCGAAUGGCAAAAUAUUCCGUAAGUUUGGAAACGAGUGUGAAAGGCGCGAUAGUACCCAGGAACACUUAUAGUUACCUAAAGGAAGAAACCAAGGAGUGUAUCAUCUGAAGUUUGAGGGGCCCUCUUUAAACUUGUUUUUUUCCGUCUGUAUUUACUUUCUUCCCGUUUCCUCCGUAUCUGUAUGUUCUACAAGAAUGUGAAAUCUUAUCAGUGGAUUUUUUUUAAUUUAGACGUGAUUAGGAAUACAGAAUAAAAGUUGCCAGUGUUGUACAUGAAGUUGUGAGGCUGUUUUCAAUACUCUUAGUCUUCUGUUUUUCUGUCGCCCUCUUACUG